AUGCCAUUUUUUUUUAGAAGGUAUUUUUAUGUGGUGCAGUUAUUUCAAACAGAUUUCCAUAUCGUUUCAGAUUUUGUGCGAUACGUUGCUGGCUUUCGGGGUUGCCGUAAACUGAAAGUGGGUGAUUACAGUUUCACCAAGAACAAGGAAAGUCACAAUAAGAUCUAUUGGUCUUGUGCGAGAGCUGGUAUGAACAAAUGCAAAGCGCGAGUCUUAACCUAUGUGCUGCAAAAUGGGGAAGAAAAUCUGGUGGUUAGGUAUCCAACUCAUAAUCAUGAUCCGUUUUAAUGGACCUUACACAUCUAAGGAUAAACAAUAAAAUAUUCUAGCAGUAAUUGA